AUGGCCAAACGAACAAAAAAGGUCGGAGUUGUCGGUAAAUACGGCACACGAUAUGGUGCCUCGUUAAGAAAACAGAUCAAAAAGAUGGAGAUUACCCAACACGCAAAAUAUACUUGCUCUUUCUGUGGCAAGGACACAGUAAAAAGAAAAGCAGUCGGGAUUUGGCAAUGUCGCGCUUGUAAAAAAACGUUGGCUGGUGGCGCUUGGACCGUAUCCACUACUACAGCUGCCACUGUUCGAUCAACCGUGCGUCGCCUUCGUGAAUUGAUGGAAGUUUAA